UCAUAGUACAAAUGCACUUACAGCAGGUGAACCGGAGGUAGCGAUGGAGGAAAUGCACAGAGAGAAAGAAUGAGUCACGAUAUAGGGAGAGAGAGAACAGGAAAAGAGGGAUGAUGGAGAGAGAAACGCAGCAAGACUGGCCGACUUAGAGAAGGGGAUGUCACAUGGCUCCAGGGAGGUAGGACCAGAGACCGACACGCAGCAAGAAAUAGCAAGUGGGAGAGUGCGAGGGGCUGAGCCGGUCGUUUCUCUCAUGAGUUUGCAUGUCGGGCAGUGCAGAUGGUCCUGCCUCUUUCUCUCUACGUCACAGCUGAGCAGCGCACAGGGAGCAGGACUACCCUGAUGCUGACAGGAGGAUAGAAACACACCAGCCUGGCAGGAGCUGGCUGCUGCAUUCCGUCAGUGGACCUAUCAGAUUACUUAUUGCCGUUAUGGAGCUCUUUCUGUUUUCCUCUUCACUUCACCCUGCCAGAAAGAGAGGAAGAGGCCGGAACGUCAAAGACAUACAGGGAUCACUCGGCUUCUAACUCCUUUCAAGAGCUUUUGGACAAUCCAUCAUCUUCUUGUCACUGUCAGUUUUUUAGUUGUCACGACAAGCAGAAGGAUACGACAGUGCCUUUACACUGUAGGCCAACUCUUCCCCACACUGGAUCACACGGAGUCACAGCUACAUCCAACAAACUCAGUUGAAAGGACUUUUAACUACAUGAAAUGGAUCCUCAACGAGGUCAAAGACACUGGACUUAAUCAAGACUUCUUUAACUAUCCAUGGUGUGGUUCGUGGACAUCAAACUAACCUUUGGUUAAAGCUGAAGAGAAGCUGAGACUGAGUAGCCUACCAGUGCUUGGGAAGAUCAUUGCGACCUAUGAAUCACCACUGGUCUUAAUGGUUGUGUUCCCUAGUGGUGUUUACAAAUGGAUACGUCAUCACUGCUGACUCACCAAUGUGCCAAUGAUGCUCUCUAUGCUCUCUCUACACUCUAUUAUCCCUCAACUUUGUGCUGAAGCCUUUAAUGUGACUGAUUUUGCCUGAUCUGAAGAAAUGGAAAAUUUCAGGACAGUCUUCAACAUGUUCGUAUCUAGAUUUUCUCUUCAGAGCAUCUGAUGAUAUGGCAGAAUCUGAUUAUUUUUCGAGUUUCUCCACAAAAAGGUUAACAAAGGCUGAUUGGUUCCCUUGUGUAUUUCUUUGUAAUUGAGAGUUGAGCAACCAUGCGUUCCCAAAUUCUGUCCCACAGCUCUUCAAGAAUGUCCUGCCUGCUUGAAUAUUUUGUCCUUUACCUGUUUUAAACCAAGAAAACGAACACUGGAUGUUUUCUUAUUCAGCAUUCACCCUGCUCCAUUCUUAGGAUAAACAAAUUGGGAUAUACAGCAUCAGAAGCUGCAGUGUUUUGCAACCACUCAUCCUGCGUUUGAAUCGCAGUUACACUAACAAUGGGAUAACAACUCUAUGUGAUUAAGUAAGCCCUCAUUCAACAUGGUGGUGACUCGUCUGGAGCUGGAGCUGCGCUACCAGGGCAAAAAGUUGCGCGGCGUCACAUGGAAGUUGACUCGAUCCGAACAUGGUUUCUUGCCAGAGAGCUCCUGGUUGAUCGCUGCUCAGGUCAUGGUGCCGUACCUGGUGUCAGGACUCGGAAUGGUCUCCGCUGGCAUCAUUAUGGAUCUUAUACAACACUGGGAGGUGUUUAAGGUGAUAACAGAGAUUUUCAUCCUGGUGCCGGCACUGGUCGGACUCAAAGGAAACCUGGAGAUGACCCUGGCUGCCCGACUCUCCACUGCGUCCAACACAGGACAAAUGGACGACCCUGAUAAACAAUGGACCAUGAUGUGCAGCAAUCUGGCACUAAUACAGGUUCAGGCCACAGUGGUGGGCUUCCUCGCUGCGGUGGCAGCCGUGUGCUUAGGGGCAAUUUCUCGAGGAGGUAUAGAAAUAGACCAGGCAGCUGUUCUGUGUGCCAGCAGCAUCACCACUGCAUUCGUAGCUGCUCUCUCUCUAGGCCUGGUGAUGAUCGGAGUGAUCAUCGGCUCCAGGAAGGUGGGGAUCAACCCCGACAACGUGGCCACCCCCAUCGCUGCCAGUCUGGGGGAUUUGAUCACCUUGUCCCUGCUGGCCGGGGUCAGCACCACGCUCUAUAAUCAUAUAGAUAUGUGGUACCUGUCUCCUCUGGUGUGUCUUUUCUUCUUGGCUCUGAUCCCUGUGUGGGUGGUGGUGGCCCGACAGAGCCCUCAGAUCAGUGAGGUCCUCCGCUCAGGCUGGCAGCCUGUUAUAGUGGCCAUGUCCAUCAGCAGCUUUGGAGGCCUUAUCCUGGACAAGACAGUGAAUGAUCCCAACUUCAAGGGCAUGGCUGUCUUUACACCCGUCAUCAACGGGGUAGGCGGUAACUUGGUGGCCAUCCAGGCCAGUAGGAUCUCGACCUACCUGCACUUCUGGAGCAUCCCUGGGGUGCUGCCCUAUAAGAUGAGGCAGCACUGGCCCAAUCCCUGCAUCACCUUCUUCUCUUCAGGGGUGAACUCCAAGUCGGGCCGCGUGCUUCUGAUGCUCGUCGUCCCCGGUCACCUGGUCUUCCUCUACGCCAUCUCUCUGCUGCAGGGAGACGAGGCGCCAAUCUCUGUAGCCUUCACCGUCUGCUACCUCUGCGCUGCUCUGCUACAGGUGGCCAUCCUCCUUUACUUUGCUGACCUCAUAGUCCGGUUCAUGUGGAGGAGGAGUCUGGACCCGGACAACUUCUCCAUCCCAUACCUGACCGCCCUGGGGGACCUGCUGGGCACCGGCUUCCUGGCCCUGUGCUUCCGCUGCGUCUCAUGGGCUCAGAGCCUGGGUCUAUGAAUGUUCAUCCCUUUACCCUGAACUCUUAGCCAGCCACUGUCAUGUUGCACCAAGUGUUGUUAGCACAGAGAUGCUUUUGAUUGAACAGUAAAGCAUUUUCUGAUCACUGGGCCAGUUCAUACCAAGCGAUUUCUCCUUGUCACAAAUUCAAACCCUUACACUGGUUGAGAGACAGCACAUGUGACACCCACCCAUUGACACCCAUCGUCUGGGUGAAUGGGGUUUGCUACCUACACAUGUCUCGAUUUUUUUUUAUUGGAGUGCAAACGAGAAGUUUAAGUUCUCUGUCCCUUAGUUAAAAAUCAUUCCUCUUUAUUCACCCGUCUUUUAAUUUUGCUGAACUAACUAGAUUUGAGUUUGGUGGCUCUGUGCUCACCUGUUCUGAAAUAUGUACAAACUUUGACAUCGCAGCAGCAGGGCCUAAUGACAGUAUAUCAAAUGUGUUGGCCUGUAGAUUUAUCUCAAAUGGCCUGCACUGUGAAAAAGUAGUGAAGUUGUGGAGAUAAGUUGGAACGUGUAUGGAACAAGGAGAACUACAGCAGUCCACAUUUAGAUGGGCCGUAGUAUGCCUUAGGGUCAGAGGUUGAUGAAUGCAGUAGAAUGUUCAUGCACAUAUGAGAGAUGGUGUGUUCAUGCACAAAAUCCCUCAUUUUCCUAAGUUUUCCCCUUUAUGCUUUGUUGAGAUGCUGCUGCAACAGACGGAUGGCAUGAGGUAGUUUCAGGGCCAAAGCCAAAUGGCCUGGCCGCACAGUGGAAACAGGGUGAUUACGAGGAAGAUUGUUAAGUAGGUGUGUUUGGAGUGGAAUGGAUUCACAUCUUUCCCUGCAGUUUCAUGCACUCUGUUUGUCAGAGAACCAUUACAUCAGUUUUGGUUUAUUUUUGGUGAAAUGAAACGAGGAGCCAUACAAAACUGACCAUACAGACUGCUUUAGUCUGGGGCAUACACCAGCAAGUUUUUGACGUCUAUAGCUUAUGUGGUUGUGACUAGAAAUGCUGUUCCGAUGGUACUUACUAGUGCAAUAAAAACUAAAACCAGUUGUUUGACAUUUUGAAAAAUCAAUGUAUCUGUUUUCUUGCUAGAUGAGGAGAAUGAAAACGUUUAAUGGCUGUACACUCAAUAUGGUGUUACAGCCAGCAAUCAAAUAAUGUAGCUUAGCAGAAAGGUUUGUGUUGGUGUCAUCCAAGUGUCCGCAAGCCCUGAAAUUCAUAUUCCACUCCGAAACGAGGUCAUUAACAUCGUGUUUAAGACUCAAAUUCCACCAGAAGUGGCUUAGCUAGCGGACAUCAGCAUUUCUGACGGUCCCUGAAUGCACCUCGUCUAAAGAUAUCAGAGGACUUUCAGGCUUAAAACAGGAUCUUAUGAUGUUGAAUUUCAGGGCUUGCGGACACUUGGAUGACACCACACGAGCAGUAUGGAGUCGUGUUGUGUUUUUUUUGUUGUUUAAUUACAUCUGAAGAAGGACUCACCAUUGACCUCAAUUGCUAAAACAAAGUUUACCCCUGAGACUACAGAAGUGUUUUGUGGACUCAAACACUUCACCCAACCCCAGCCCCCAUCGGCAUAGUGGUGAAUACAUAAUGGGAGAAUUUUCAUUUUUGGAUGAGCUAUCACUUUAAGUUAAAAAAUGAACAUGCAUCCUGUUGCUGUAAAACAACAUUUGGAUGAUUUAUUGGUCUAUGUUUUUGAUUAAGGAUAAAGCAAGGACAUAUAACAUGUUAACUAAUAAGCAUUCCACUCUCCAAGGAUGAGUGUACGCUUGUGUCAGUGUCUGGUCUAAUUCUCGGCAAGAAAUCAAACUAGUAUGUCAAACUUUUUCUUGAAGGUUUGAAACAGGAUCUGUGCGUUGUCGAAAUCCCUUAGUAAAGCUUUAUUAUUUUCCCCUUAAACAAAGUCCCAGCUUGCUCUUAAUUCUUUCACUGUGCAGAAACAAGUUGCACAGCAAGGUUACCAAAACACCAAAUAAUCACAGGUUAAAAAAAAAAAAAAAUUGUGUCCCUAUUUCUCACUGAAAGGCCUCACGACCUCCAGAAUGUCUAAUAUGCAGAUGAUAUGUUGCUUUCGGUUUGCACAUAGAGUAGAUACAUGUAUAAUAACGCCAUUAACCUGGCACAUGCAAAUAAUACCAGUAAUACUUAUUAGCAAUGAGUUUGUUUCUCAGAUUGUACAUCAUAAUAGAUCAUAAACAUAUAAAGGCCUAAACACUUUUUCCACGCACCCCCCCAAAAAAUGUGUCCACACCUGCCAGUGUUUAUAUAGCAAUCUCAAUAGUAAACAAAUAUUUAGCAGUAUUUUAUCUAUAGCAAAUUUUAUAUUUGUAUUUGUUUUCAUCAUCCCAGGCUUAUGUGUUUAGAUCGACUGUCUAGCUACUGAGGAUCUUGGGUAUUUCCUCACUUCCUGCCUUACUGCUCAUCAUGAACCAUAAAACCUCAUCAGUGCUGCAGUGAGUGCAUAUACACGCACACGCAUAGUCUGAAGUACACAUCUCUAUCCUGCUAUGGUACACGCAUAUUUGCAUUUCGUAGUGUGUAUGAGCCUCAUUUAAACUAUGUACACAAUAUCUGUAAAAAACUGAAAUACAAAAGUGAAAAUGCACUCAUAAGUCACAUGGAACCUUUUUGCUGUUACAGUAAUUUUAGAGACAAACCUCAUAAACACUGAAAUCCAAGGUGUUUCUGGUUGAUGACUGAAUAUGUAUGUGUGGUAUUUCAGUCGGAAUAUUGCUUUGCUAAAAGCUUUUAUUAUGAAACUGUUACACAGUACGUUCUACACUAGAACUACGUACUAAUUGAAUCACAGUUUAUUUCACCUGAGCUUCCUGAAUAAGAUUAAUAUGUUACUGUGAUAAUUAGACGUAUACCAGAAUAAACAGUGAGUGUGUCUUAAUCAGUGCGGCUGAAUGAAGUAACUUGAAAUCUAUAGAUAAUGAAUGUAACAUUUAUUUAAAUACAUCAAUGGAUUUAUAUCCAUUGUUGUGUUGGCUCACAAUUGAAAGAUUCUAGGCCACAGGACAAACAGUAGCUUGAUGGUUUCUGAAGUAACUCUUAUAUUAUAUACAAGGAAUAGUGUUGUCAUGGAGAUAGUAAAAGGUUAAAGAAAUGGUU